GGCACCAGCAUUAUGGCUUCUCAUCUACGCAAGCGCUUCGGUCUAGACAAUUUCUUUCAUCGUCUUUCACUAGCCUCAGCCGCUUCAUCCAGCCCUGGUGGCUCCUCUAGAUCACGCCGAGGCUGCAAUGCUUUAAAUCCUGGAAGCCUGGGAUGUGCCGACCUGCCAAAGACCAUCAAGGCGGUUUGCAUGCUAUACUGCUUUACGAUAGGCACUCUGAAAGAGAUCCGAAAUGACAUCUUGGCCGGUAAUCACAUACUCAUUCGCGGUUAA